AUGUCAAGCCCGCAGGAGCUCGUGCCGCAAACAGAAUCCAUCGCGGAAGUCUACGCAACAGACGAUGCAUCGCUGACUUCCGUUGCGCCGGAACACCAGCAGCGGUGGACUAACCUCAUUACCCAAUUCAACAAGACUUAUAGCCACCGCCCGGACUUCGUAGCGCGCAGUCCCGGCCGCGUGAACAUCAUCGGCGAGCACAUUGACUACUCGCUCUAUGAUGUCCUGCCUACCGCCGUCAGCGUCGACGUGAUCAUGGCCGUCAAGGUAGUGCCCUCCAGCGGCGAGGAUACCACCAUUACAAUUGCAAAUGUUUCGCCGGAAAAGUUCCCCUCGCGCGAGUUCACCGUGCCCCACAACAAAGACGUGGAGAUUGAUCCCAAAAAGCACGAGUGGGUGAACUACUUCCGCGCUGGUCUGUCGGGUGCCCUGAAGUUCCUCCGCAAGGAGAAGCCCGAUGGCUCCUUUGCUCCUGCGAGCAUGCAGAUCCUGGUCGACGGCAAUGUGCCUCCUGGUGGUGGUAUCUCCAGCAGUGCUGCCUUCGUGUGCGCCAGCGCCCUAGCCGUGAUGAAGGCCAACAACCACAACGUCACCAAGCAGGAUCUAUUGGAUCUGGCCGUGGUCUCAGAGCGGGCUGUCGGCGUCUACUCCGGCGGCAUGGAUCAAGCAGCCUCCAUCUUCUCCAAGCGUGGCUACCUCCUCUACACUCAAUUCUUCCCAAAAUUCAAAGCCCAACAUGUUCCCAUCCCCACAUCGUCCGACGAGAUCACCUUCCUCAUGGCCCAGAGCUUCGUCACUUCUAACAAAGCCGACACCGCCCCACGCCACUACAACCUGCGCGUAGCAGAGUGCACCCUCGCCGCCGUGAUUCUGGCAAAGCACCACGGCGUCACCCUUUCCAAGGACAACAGCUCCCUCGGCUAUAGCCUGCGCAACUUCCACAACGAACUCAUGGCAAAAGAAGGCCGUCUCCAAGACCCGCUCGAAUACCAAAUCGACUCUGUCAUCCAAGCAACCAUGGACCUAUUCACACAGGAACAAGGAUACACCCGCGAAGAGAUGGCUCAACUGCUCGGCAUCACCGUCUCCGAGCUGGAAUCGACAUAUCUCUCCGCGUUCCCAGUUCAGGCUGAGCGCUUCCAGCUCCGUCAGCGCGCGCUGCACUGUUUCAAGGAAGCGCGCCGUGUCCUGGAUUUCAAAGCUUGUCUGAGCAAGGCGACGCAGCUGGAUGAGAAGCGCAUUCAUUAUCUUGGUCAGCUGCUGAAUGAGUCCCAGGAAUCGUGUGCUACGGCGUAUGACUGCAGUGCACCGGAGGUUGAUGAGAUCUGUGCGAUUGCUCGUCGUGCAGGUACUUGGGGAAGUAGGUUGACGGGUGCUGGCUGGGGCGGUUGUACUGUCCACAUGUUGCCUCAGGGCAAGGUAGAGGCUGUUACUACUGCGCUCCGGGAUGAGUAUUAUCUCAAGAAGUUCCCGGAUAUCAGCAAGGAGAAGUUGGAGCAGGCUAUGGUUAUCAGCAAGCCAUCCAAUGGUUCAUUCUUGGUUACGGGAGCUGCUAUUGACCAGAUCCCUCUUUAA